CAGGCCUUCAGCCGCACUGCGGCCGGUCGGGCUUCGGGAGACGGUGAAGCCAGACCAUGCGAGGCCAUUUGCCUAAUAUGGGUGUGCCAGUUUCCAGCCCUACAGCUGGCUUCUGGGGCUCACAUGCAUACUCCAUUCGGUUGAAGCGUCAUGGGAGGUUGUGCAUGCGGCUAACAUAGAACGGAUCACAUCAACGUCGACUCUGGAGGGGGGGAUCAGCAACAGCAAGCAGCCGGGACAGCAGACUGAAAGCACCAGGGUCCUAAGUCUGCUAUACACCGUCUCGGAUACCGGUUCACGCUCUCGGGACCGGGAAACUUCUGUCAAACAAGCUCGCAACCGGGAAGACAUGCAGCAGCCGUUCAUCUACCGACCAGUCGAGCGAGGUCCUUACGAGUACAGCAUCCAGGCCACCGAAGAUCGUUAUGAAAGGCCGGUCGACGAUGCUGUCUACGGCCCGAGCACUCCCGUAUGGCGGUCUGGGAGCACGCCGAACUACAAGCCAAAGGCGCUCCGAUGGCCCUUCAUCAGCACAGUCAUUGCCAUGCUGCUCGUGGCCAUUGUGCUGGUCAUCGUUGCUGUGAAACAGAUGCCAGACUCGGACACAGACGUCAAGAUCCUGGGUUUACACCCAAACGCCUCACAGCCCGUCCGGUUUGCUCGAGAUGUACCCAGUAACACAUCAGUUUCCGCGACGUACGAGCUUACGACUGACGCGCCAACUCUGUCUAACCCUGCUACUGUGAUCACAACUCCCUCGCAGACCCCGAAGACAAGUGUGACCUCGAGUGAGGAGGAUAAUAGUGUGCUAGCUCAAGGUGUUACGACCACGCCAUCUCAGCAAGGAACGGCGACAACGGCUGCGGCGUCUACAUCGACCCAACCACCUGCCGAGACCAUAGCAUACUCCUCCAGUCUAGCAUCCUCUGGUCCAGCAUCCUCCUCGACUCCGUCAUCUUCCAAUCCAGCGUCCUCCUCUGGUCCAGCAUCUUCCACGAGUCCAGUAUCCUCCUCGGAUCCUCCAUCCUCCUCCCGCCCAACAUCCUCAAUCCCUUCUUCUGCCGAGAAUAGAGAAACGACAACUACCUCCAACCUGUCUUCGGGGACUGUGAGCAACAACGAUCUAAAUCUCCUAGGUGCUACGACGGACUCCUUCUCAAACACUCUCGUCAUGUCUACCACCACGACAGCCAGCCUGCCCAGCGGUGCGCAGUUGAUGCCCGUUUCCGUGUCCGUGUCGAGGUUUACCACCAACAUCACGGUCCCUGUCACAACAAGCACCUACACAACGGUGGUCACCACCACCGAGACGAUCCAGUUCAGCAGCGACAUUACGCAGGAGAGCACCUUUGUUUCCACUGUGACCAACGUCGAUACCACAACGUUCCUGUCGUACUUCACGGUCACUGGCACAGAAGACAACACACCCACCAAGACAUUGUGGACGACGAUGACCAACACUGGCUUGACGACCUUCACUGCAACGGUAACAACCCCCGUGGUGGGGACGACCGUGGUGACUGCGUCCAGAACCAUUACGGCCACGAGCACCAUUACCGGCGUCGUUAUCCCCAGCACGGGCGAGGUUACCAUUACUUACUACGCCACCGUCUUUCCCCCGAAUACGCCGCCGACCGUUGCUCAGCCACCGCCGCAGCCUAUCACGGUGACAGAUGUUCAGGUUGUUGAUGGGACUACCAUAGCUGUUGUGCACACCCAAGCGCCAGUCGUCGUCGCGGUUCCCUCAGACGAGGUCAAGACCCAAGUUGUUGGGCAACAGGUCAGCACAGGGGUGGUCCGGGUGCCAGGGUCUGUUGUGACGAGCGUUGUGGUGAUCACGCCGUCGGCGGGGAGGCAGGGCGAGGUGGUCACGAACUUGGGCGGCACUCCUGUGACUGUUAUCGAUUCCCCGGGCCCAGUAACGUUGGUGACGGCGGUCGAUGGCGUGCAGUGUACCAUUGUCGAGACACGUCCGCCUCAGACAGUUAUCCGCAUGGAGGGCGGAGUCCUCACCACGAUCACGGCCGGGCAGCCAGUCACACAAAGCGUUGUGAACAAUGUCGGGGGUACACCCGUCACACAAGUCGUCGUGACCACGCCCGCUGGGCCGCCAUAUCAACCCAUCUCUUACACGGUGGUGAGAGAUGCCGGGGGAGGAACUCUGGUCACCGAGGUCAUCGUCACCACUCCAGCAGGGCCUCCCGGCCAGCCGAUCACUUACACCGCUGUCGAUGUCGUAGGGGGCACGCCCGUCACACAGCUCGUGGUCACAACGCUCGAUCUCGAAGGAGCUGCAGUCCUACCUGUUUCCUACACCAUCACCACCAAUGUCGGCGGCACCCCGACCGUCAUCACCCUCACCCCAAGCCCGACGACCAUCGUGGAGACCGUCAAUGGCACCCCGGUAACCCGGGUCACGACUCCGCCGGUGACCAGCUUCACCACCACCGUGGGAGGCACGCUUGCCACCCAAAUCUUGGUCACAACUCCAACCGGCACGGAGCCCAUCACCCUCACCCUCGUCUCCACACCCGGAGAUUCGCUCAGCACCUUUACCACCACAAUCCCUCCCACCACCUUCCUGACCACCAUAUCGGGCAGUCUACGGACCAUCACUUCGACCCCGUCCCCGAGCACCAGCUUCUCCACGAGACAGCGCUCCACGCGGACCUUCACCUCCACCUCCACCCCAACAACAGCAACAGCAAUCGCUUCCGCCACCGCAACCAACCCCCCGCCGGGCCCCUCCGUCGUCCCGUCGUCAACCCGAGUAUACCGGUGGACCGAAGCCGACAUCUUCGUGGGCACCUUCCUACCCACCCUGCUCGGCGUAGCCCUAGUGAUCCCGCUGCGGAUCAUCGACCUCAACGCGAAGCUGUACCAGCCCUUCCAGACGCUGGCCCGGCCGGGCGGCGGGUUCGGCGCCGAGACGCUGCUCCUGCAGUACACGGGCCUGACGUCGGGCUUCCUCACCCCGCUCGUCGUAACCACGCUACUGCGACCCGGCCACGCGCCGGUGCCCUUUCUCACCACGCUCAUGGUGCUGUGCGCCUCCUUCAUGGUGCCCCUCGCCACCGAGGCCGUGGGGCUCAAGCUGCAUGGCGAAUGCUACCUCAAUACGGCGAGUCCAGGCUGUGGGCCCGCGUUGGGCGUGAGUCCCGUGCCGGCGUACGCGCUGGUCGGGCUGAUGGGCGCGGUGGUGGUGAUGCUGGUGCUAGUGCUGGCUUGUCUGGGGAGGUGGGUGACGGGGUUGCAUGCCAAUCCGUGGAAUCUCGCCGGGGCGGCGUCGCUAGUGGCCGGGAAUGAGCAGCUCCAUGUGGGACAGGGGAGCGAAGCGGCCAUGCGUCGCGCCAUGGCGGAUAAGCGGUAUGGUUUGGGGUACUUUACCAAUGCCGCUGGGAGGGAAGACUACGGGAUUGUGUUGCUGGACGAGGCCGGGCGGGGUCUGCGGGAGGAUCGAAGGAGGGGUGAUGGCGAGACAGAUGAUAUGUUGGGUGGUGGUGGUGACGAUGAUGAUGACCCCGCGGCAAUGGUGGCCAAAUGGGGCGGCGAUGGUGGUCUUAGUCGAGGGUGCAGCCACCAGCAGGAGCUGCCCUUCAUGACGCUGCGGUAUCCCUGGCGGAUCGCCUUCGCCCUCUUCCAGCUGGCCGUGCUCAUCUUCGUCAUCUACUACCACGCCUACUACCGCGGCGGCAUCCGCGACAACGGCCGGCUCUGGCUGUUCCUGAACGCCAACACCUUCGGCGUGCGUUUUGUGUCGGCCGUCAUCGGCGUCAUCAUCGCCUUCGGCUGGCAAUCCUUCUUUCUCAGCGUAAGCACAAUGACGCCCUUCCUCCUCCUCUCCCGCUCCACGCAGCCGCCCACCACCUCCUCAUCAUCCAUCCUCCUCACCCCGUCCACCAACCCCUUCUCGGGCUUCUACUCGGCCCUCCGCCACCGCCAGCCCUUCCUGCUCGCCGUCUCCCUGGCCGCCAUCCUGUCCGAGUUCCUCCCCGUCGUGCUCUCCAACGUGCCCUUCCACCUCGCCCAGACGCGCACGGCCGCCACGGUCUGCGCCGUGCUGAGCUGUGUCUCGCUGGCCCUCAUGCUCGCCGUGCUGCUGGCCGGUGGGAGCUUGUUUCUCGUGCGGUGCCCGCCCAUGCCCGUCGACCCGCGCUGUAUCGCGGGCAUGCUGUGGUAUGUGUCCCGGAGCAGCGCCCGGAUGCUGGACGAUUUCGAGGGGGUGGCGAGGUUGGAGGGGGGUGUGAUGAUGAUGAGAGGGCGCGGAGGGUGAGGGAGAUGGGGAGGAGGUGUUUCUAUGGCGUUCUGGCGGCGGCGUCUACGGGGGAGGGAGGA